GUACGACUGAGAUAAAUUUAACCGUGAAUGCAGAUGUAGCCCAUUUCUAAUUCCCUUUCACGGGAAAAAUCGAGUGCUCCUCAGACACAAACACCAAAAACUCCCCUCCCCCUCAACUCGAUAAAUAAAUUUUACUACUACUAUUAUUAUUUUUUUCAAUUUUCAUCGCCGAUUAAUUCAGCGGACCGCAAGUCAACGUUCCGGUCAGAUUGCCGACCAUCGUAAAAUUUUAAGGUUGAAGAUGAUCUGUUGAGGAAAGAAGAGUAAAAAUUCGGAGAGGCACAGGAAAAUGAACAAGGGAUUUUGGAUGUCAAAGGGUACAGAUGGAGAUCCAGCAUUUGAGAAUCCUCCUAGGCUUGAAUCUAAACGAUCUCAUCAGUGGUUUAUAGAUGAUACUGAGCCUGAGUUGUUCCCUAACAAGAAGCAAGCAGUGCAAACUCCAAACAGCACCACAAAUUCUGGAAUUCCCAGUGCAAAUUCUCCUUCUUGGCAUAACACCUCUGGUUUUCAGUCUGUCCCAAACCAAUUUAUUCAUCGUUUAUUUGGGGCUGAAACUGCAAGAUCUGUCAAUUUUGCUGAAAGGAAUUUAUAUCCUGCUGGAACAGUUGAAUCAAAUGCAUCUGAAGCCUGCCUUAACUACGGUGGUAUUAGAAAAGUCAAAAUAAAUCAGGUUAAGGACUUCGACAGUGGUGUGCAUGCUCCAAAGGGACAUGGUUUCACAAUUGAAAGUGACAGUAACAAUUCUACAGGCCAGGCCUUCCAGAGGGAAAGCCAAAGUAGCUUUAUAUCAACGGGACAUGCAUUUGAUAAAGAAGAUAACAGUGUCACAAUGAUGGGUCACACCUACAAUGGAGAAGAUGUCCAUGUUGGUCCAACAAGUUCCACUUACAUCAAAGUUGAUGAUAGUGCUAUUCCAAUAAGCGAUGCAUAUAGCAAGGAAGACACCAAUUUAUUAUCUUUUGGGGGAUUUGAUGAUGCACAUGAUAUUAUACCUGUUGAUAGGCCACUCAGCAGCUAUGACCACUCUUAUGAUCAAUCUUCUGUUCGAACACGAGAAGCAGUUGAUGAAAAGGAGCUGAGGACUACAACUGCCAAGGCAGUUGCAAGCAAUACGCAGGCGACUAAAUCCAGAACUGAACCUGUUUCCAAAAACAGACCAGAGUUGAAAACUACCAGAAAAGAAGCUCCAAACAGCUUUCCUUCAAAUGUCAGAAGUUUGAUAUCAACUGGUAUGCUUGAUGGGGUCCCUGUAAAGUAUGUUUCCUUGUCACGCGAGCUUCGUGGCAUUAUAAAAGGUUCUGGCUAUCUUUGUGGGUGCCAAUCAUGUAAUUAUUCCAAGGUGCUCAAUGCUUAUGAGUUUGAACGUCAUGCUGGUUGCAAGACAAAACACCCGAACAAUCAUAUAUAUUUUGAAAAUGGAAAAACUAUCUAUCAGAUAGUACAAGAAUUAAGGAGCACUCCUGAGAGCAUGUUAUUUGACGUGAUUCAAACUGUUUUUGGCGCACCUAUUAAUCAGAAAUCCUUCCGCAUCUGGAAAGAAUCGUUCCAAGCUGCAACUCGUGAGCUCCAGCGUAUCUAUGGGAAGGAAGAACUAAAUCUGUAAAGCAUUAUUUUGCUUGAAGUGUAAAAUAGAACAGCCUUUUUCUUUGCAUUGAAACUAGCAUGACUGUAGAGAAUUAUGCAGCAAGGAAUGCCUUGCAGAGAAAGUUCAAGCGAUGCUUUCUGUUAAUAUGAUGCAGAACUUAUUCAUAUAAAACUUGGCAUGUUGAUUAUGAA